CACACGACGCCUCACAAACACAGUCUUCGCAAUUUAAUGAUUCGUGUUAUUAUUAUAAAUAUAUCAUUUUGCAUUUUAACGAUAACUUCAGAAUAUUUUUAUUCUUGCAAGGUCCUUUUCUUCCACCGCUUUACACUGCAGUUGUCUGUUUCUCGUCGGACGAAUAUAGGAACGGAAACUAAACAGCCACGUAGUAAAAGGCGAAGCUGACCGAAACGUGAUCUCGGAUUGAAGUCCUCCCUGGCACAGACAUGUUCCUGGGUAGUCUCGGUCCCCAGGCGAUGGUUUAAAUAAGACUUUCUUUGCAAUAAAGCACCAGCAGUACUGUGACUGUUACUCCUCUCACUGGACUGUAGCCAAUCAUUGGAGGUUGUUGAGAUGGAGGAAAAUCAAGAAGAGCAAGUUAUAGGAUGCAAAAAGGAGGAGGAUUCCACUGUGGAAUGUAAGGCUUUAAAAAAAGGGCUGGAGAACUUCCAAAUAACAAAGGAUAUUCAAAAUGGUCCUCUCACCUCAGAUGUGAUGCCAAAUGGAAACAGACCAACAGAUGGCUUUGGUGCUGCACGAGGCACCCUUCCAAACGGAUCUCCUCCACAGAGCAGCAGCUCUCCAAUCAACUUGCAGAGCCAAGAGUCCUCCGCAGCCAAUCAGAAACCAUUGCUGGAGAUGGAGAACGAGGAAAAGAUUCGCCUGGAGGCACGUCGCCGUCUGGAGGAACAACUCAAACAGUAUAGAGUUCAGAGACAAAAGGAGAGGGCUCACCGCUCGUCUACUAAAAGCAGGCCUUCCAGUACGCUAGAUCCCGAACUGAUGCUCCAUCCGGAGGGGCUGCCUCGAGCUAACACCGUUGCCAUGACCAAGGAGUAUUCUUUCCUCAGGACCAGUGUUCCACGAGGCCCCAAACUGGGAAGUCUGGGAAUUCCUCCUUCCAAGGAGAAGAAAUCCAGAUCCUCACGUCCCAGUAAAAUUCACUCUUUGGCAGACUACAAGUCUUCUGAGAGCGAUGGAGGAGGAGGAGGAGGUUCUGGUGGGGGAAUAACCUCAGCAGAUGUCAGCCAGGGCUCCCUUCGGUCCUCCGUCAGCUCCGUGUCCAUACUGUCUGAAGUCAGCACCGUGUCAGAGAGCAGCACCUGUGAGACGGACAUUAAAGCGAGUUCUUCCCUUCAGCUUAAUGACAGUUUGUCAGAGAUUGAUGGGAGUGAAGCAGGAGCCAAGCCAGGGAAUGAUGGAAACGAAAGCGACAGCUCUUCCUACAGCAGUGUCUCCACGAGGGGAACCUACGGCAUGCUCUCCGCUGCUGUGGACAGGCAACAAGGGCCGUACACAGUGGAGGGCAGGGAGAUCGCCCCGGAGGCCAUGGGACAGUUCCCAUCCUUACAGGAGGUGCUGCAGGCAGCGAGCGAUGAGCAGCAUCUGCUGGAGAUGGAGCAGGAGAGAGAAGGGACAGCAGAGCCUCGCAGCCGGAGAGACAGCUUCUCCAGCAGUGUUUCCUUGGAGAGUUCAGUGAUGGGUCACGAUGAAAUGCUUCAGGUGCUCAAAGAGAAAAUGAGGCUUGAGGGGCAGCUGGAGUCCUUGUCAUCUGAGGCCAGUCAGGCUCUCAAAGAGAAGACGGAGCUUCAGGCCCAGCUGGCUACAGUGAACGCUCAGCUGCAAGUUAAAAAGGAAGAGGCUCAAAUGAGCCAGGAGAAGCAAAGUGCUCUGACUACAGAAGUCGGCACACUGCGACAGAACUGCAGCCAGCUAGAGAAGGCCAUGGUGGAGCUCCAGGGCAGCUUGGAGAGCAAGAACGCCAGUUUGACUUCUCUGAGCAAUGACUUGAAAGUGUCUGAAGACCAAUAUAACAGGCUGAUGGUGAAGGUCCAGGAGCUUCAAAACACUAUGGCCUCAAGGGACAGCACAGUUCAUGACUUGCGUCAGCAGAUGGCAGGCCUUCAGGGUCAGCUUCAGCAGGUCCAGCUGGAGCGCAACACCCUGCAGAGCCGACUAAAGACCUCGCAGGCUGAGAUCGACUCCUUGCAGCAGGUCAGACAGUGGUACCAGCAGCAACUUUCCCUGGCCCAGGAGGCAAGAGUGCGACUGCAAAGUGAAAUGGCAAAUAUGCAGGCCGGACAGAUGAAUCAGUAUGGUGUCAUGGAGCAUUUGAAGCUGGAGAAUGUGACACUUUCCCAUCAACUGACUGAGACUCAACACCGUUCCAUUAAAGAGAAGGAGCGCAUCGCUGUGCAGCUGCAAAGCAUUGAGGCAGACAUGCUGACCCAGGAAGCCGCUUACAAGCAGAUCCAGGAUGCAAAAACCAUGGUGGAAGAUGAUCUUCAGCACAAACUGGAGGAGUUAGAGGAAGAACGAGAGCACCUGAUUAAACUCGCUAACACAGCCACAACCCUGGAGAGGGAACUUGAGCAGGUUAAGUUGACACUUUGCCAAAAGGACUUGCAGCUGCAGUCACUUCAGAAAGAACAUCUGGAGUUGAUGCGCCAGCUGACGACGACUCAGGAGAACCUACAAACCAAAGAGCAGUCCAUCAACCAGCUGGAAGCCAGGUACCAGGAGCUGGAGGCGCAGCUGGUUGAGCUGCAGACAGAGAGCACCGCUAAGGAUGACACCAUUCAGUUCCUCCAGAAUGAGAAAAUAGUCCUGGAGGUCGCGCUGCAGGCAGCCAAGGCCGAUAAGAGCCAGCUGGAUGAAGGAGCCGAGCGGCUGGGAGAGGAAGUUCUGGUGGCCUCUGAUAUACUGGACCAGCUCAGGCAAGAAGUCCAGGUCAAAGCAAACCAGGUGGAAACUCUACAACAAGAAAAUAAUUCCCUGAAGAAGCAAGCUCAGAAACUAAAGGAUCAGUUCCAGCAGCAGAAGGUGAUGGUGGAAGCGUACCGUCGGGAUGCCAUCUCCAAGGACCAGCUCAUCAGUGAGCUCAAAUCCACCAAGAAACGUCUGCUGGCUGAAGUGAAGGACCUGAAGCAGGAGCUGCUGAGCAUCCAGGGAGAGAAGCAGAAGGCCGAACUGGAACAGGCCCGAUUGCAGAAGGAGGUAGCAAGAGUGCAAGAGCAGAUGAACAGCAUGGAGGCCCACCUGCAGGCCAUCCAGACAGAGAGGGAUCAGCUUGAAACCCAAAUUCAGUCUAUACAGUUUGAUCAAAGCCAGCUCACUGCAGUGACUCAAGAGAACGAGAGCCUGAGAAAACAGGUGGAGCAAAUGGAGGCUGAAGCCAAAAAGGCCAUCUCAGAGCAGAAGGUCCGCAUGAAGAGGCUGGGAACAGAUCUGACCAGCGCUCAGAAGGAAAUGAAAGCCAAACAUAAAGCCUACGAGAAUGCUGUCGGCAUUUUGAGCAGAAGGCUCCAAGAGGCUCUGACUGAGAAGGAGACGGCAGAGGCAGAGCUGCUGAAACUCAGGGCCCAGGUAUCAGAUGGAGGAAACAGUCAGGCCUUACAGGAAAAGAUUGAGGCUCUGCAAGCUGAGCUGCAGAAUGUGACCAAGAGCAAGACCAUGUUGGAGAAGGAGCUACAGGAGGUGAUCACGCUCACCUCCACCGAGCUGGAGGAUUAUCAGGAGAAGGUUAUGGAGCUGGAGGAUGAGCUCCAGGAGUCGCGCUGCUUCAAGAAGCGGAUCCGGAAGUUAGAAGAUGCUAACAAGAAGUUAGCAUUGGAGCUGGAGCAUGAAAAAGGGAAGCUUGCUGGUUUAUCCCAGUCCCAUAAUGCACUGCGGGAACACGCCAACAUCUUGGAGUCUGCCUUAGCCAAGAGGGAGGCAGAUCUUGUUCAGCUAAACUUGCAGGUCCAAGCUGUCCUCAAGAGGAAAGAAGAGGAGGACCAACAAAUGAAGCAGUUGGUUGAAACUUUACAGCAUGCUUUGGAGAAAGAGAAAACCAAAGUAAAAGACUUGAAGGAGCAGGUGGCAGCAGCAAAGGCGGAGGCAGCCCAUAAUAGACGGCACUACAGGGCAGCCAUGCUGGAGCUGUCCGAGAUUAAGAAAGACCUGCAGGCUAAAGAGGACCUGGUUAAAGCUCUGCAGAGUGAAGCUCAGAAGUUACAGGCUCAGGAUGAGCAGCACGCUCAGGAUGUUUCAAGGUUCCAGCAGGAACUUGCUGAGGCUCAUUCUCAGCUCCAGAUCCUACGAAAACAACUUGAUGAGGAACUAGCCAAGCAACCCCUCACCAACCAGGAGGUUGAGGACUUGAAGUGGGAGGUGGAGCAGAGGCAGAGGGAGAUAGAGGCACAGAAGCAGCAGCUAGAGAUGAUGGAACAGUGCCACCACAGAGAGCUGGACAACUUGCAGAUUGCCCUGCAGAACAUCAAGGUGGAGCUGGACACCGUGCAGGAAGAGCUGAGCAGCACCAGAAAGGACAAGUUCAUGCUUCAGGCCAAAGUGGGGGAGCUGAGAAACAGUAUGAAGACCGUCCUGCUGCAGAACCAGCAGCUCAAACAGGACCUCAAACAGAGUCGUCUCCGGAAGCAGCGCAUGGAGAUGAAGAGUGAAGGGAACCCAUCGAACCCAGUAACCCCAGUUAAGAUCCCAGACUGCCCGGUGCCUGCCUCCCUGCUUGAUGAAUUACUGAAACCGUCAACCUCUGUUAACAAGGAACCUCUUAACAACCUGCACAACUGUCUACGACAACUCAAGGAGGAGAUGGACAGCCUCCAGAAGCAGAUGGAGGAACACACAGUGACUGUACAUGAAUCAAUGAAUUCCUGGACAAACGCAGAGGAGGGACUGGCUCAACUGGGACUUCAAAACGAUAUCUCCAACUCUCCGAGCGCAGCAAAAUGUGUUGUGGAAAAUAAUAACGAAGCAGAACAGCAGCAAUCAUAACUAAAGAACUUUUCUUAGAGGAAGUGGGGCAAAUUAUCCACAAAGGCACUUUGGAGCCCCUAGCUCCCUUUCUCUUAAUAAUUGCUGCCAACAUUUGGCAUUCCUCCCGUCAGCACACAAGUGCUUUUGCAAAGUAAUACUUUCUAUACCAUAGCUUUAUGCUUUUUUUGUUUGUUUGUUUGUUUCUGUGGUUUAAAUUUGUUAUGCUUUUGACACAUUUAUUUAUUAAGACUUGAUAAAUUAGAAUGAUUCGAAUUAAGUUUCCUUAUGAGGACCCCCCAUCUUUAUUUUUUUUCUAAUGGUUUCCAGUUGGGGUUGAGGUUAACCUUUUUCUGCUCCCAAAUUAGCAGUUUUCUUCACUAGAAUCUAAUUUGUUCCCCUCCUUGUAAAAUUGGUUGUAUUGAUGCUGCUUAAUGAUGCAAUCAUCCUUUUAAAAAGUGUUUUAGGUGACAGAAACUACAACCUGUUCUUCCAUUUACUUGUGCCUGUUUACUUGUGAUGUUGCCCAUCUAUAGUUAUGAAACUAAUUUGCAUCAAUGGUUUGUAAUGAAACUGUAUCACUCCUGUUCGUAAAGUUGGAAGUCAUGUACAGUUGCGCUCAGAUAUUUUUUGAUUGCCUCUUGUUAAAAUGCAGUGUUUUUCAGGUAAUCAUAUCCUUAAUUUCCAACGUGUGAAAACGUUUCUCAGCUAUGUUUGUCUAACAUGGACUGCAGUAAUUUGUAUGCAAAAAAAAGCCUUAAGCAAUGUUUGAAAUGCUGUAUAGGACUUUUUUUUUUUUUCUGAAUGAGUGUUUUUCCUGGUCAGGGUGUGUGCAAGCUGAUAUGAUAUUGUAUAGGUAAACUAAUCCUUAUUGAAGAACUGUUUAUUGUAAGUAAAACACAUGAAAUGACUUUGCACACUAAAUAAUCAAAACUGACCUGUUUAAGCAACCUGUAAAAAAUGUUACGUCUAAAAAAAAAAAAAUAGGUGCAAUUGCUUGUUUAUUUUGAUUGUUACAUUUGGUACUUAUAUUUACAGAGAAAAAUAUAGAUCCUCCAAUUGAUGUCGGUCAACUCAAAGGGUUAUGGGAAGGUGCACUGGUUUUUCAGAGUAAUAUAUGCCUUGUUUUUUUUAUUAUUAGAUUGAUGGAGCAAAAAAUUUAAACACAUCAAUGCAUAAGAGUUCCACUGACAAAUCAAAUGGGAUUGUAUUGUAGGGUUGUAAUUGUUUCUUUCUGCAUGCAGUUGUGCUGCAGCCCUUGUGUUCCUUAACUAUUAUUUCUUGUGUCUAUGCCACUGUAUUCCUGUAAAGUAUAAAGGGACAAAAAUAUUACCGACCUAUUUUAGGCAUUAAGAGCAGACAUACUCGGACUAUACCCUUGCUGUUUGAUUUGUUUAAUUUUCCCAAAGACUGGAAUUAUUCUUGAUUAAACAUUGGCUGGAAAAUGUCAUUGCAUUCAUGAUAAAGAAAGUU